GGGAACAUUGGCUGUUGGGCACUUUCUUGAUAAAGACACAAUUGCCGCAUUGGUAAUUGGUACUGGCACCAACGCCUAUGGGUCGCGUACUGAGAAAUGAAGAGAAACCACUAAAGAUUGGUGUGCCAGCAAGAGGUGCUUUCAGGCAAUUUGUUAAUGUUAGUUAUGAUCCAGACAAGAAUGAAACCUACGUGACUGGAUUUUCGAUACAAGUAUUUGAAGCUGCCGUGAAGAAGCUUAAUUAUUCAUUGUCUUGUGUCUUUAUUCCCUAUAGCGGCACGUAUGAUGACCUGGUCGCUGAAGUUCAUAACAAGGUAUAAUAUUUUUUUUCCUAAGCUUUAUAUUUGCAUAAUAUAUUAAGGGUGUAGGUCUAAUCGGAUUGUUCAUGGGUCACGGGUCAGCUGUGGAUAGUUUGGAAUGGGUCAACAGAGAAGUUGUUAUUUAGUCACAGGUUUAUUGUUCAUAAUAGGUGAUGGGUCAAUUUUUUUUGAUUAUGCAAGUAGUGUGUCUAGAACAAGGGUUAAUUAGUUUAUAUUCGAGUCAAAGUAACGGGUAGUGGGUCAAGAUACUUCACGUCAGUUUUGUUUUUGUUCUAUUUACAUGUAAAUUUUACAAUGAAUGAAGAGUGUGUUUUAAACAGUAAACACCUUCAUGUUCAUGAGUUUGCUGUGUGUGAUUUUGAAGCUUAAAACACCAACAAAGGGUUGUGCUACACGCACCCCAUCCCUAUUUAUUUUACUAAAUGUAUCUCUUCUCUACUUUUUUUUGAACGGCUUAGAUCACCUGGGUAAGUCGUUUGCCUACAACCUACACUCCCCCGGUUCGAAUCCCCAGCGCAUACAGGCUUUUCAACCCCUCGCCCGAAGGCUUCGCAUGUUUUGCAUACCUCCUGGAUCGAACUCGGAACCACCCAGGCGGGAACCAACGCAAGCGUGGUAAACCCUCCCACCUCCAACCAGCUGGGCUGGCCAUCAUUGGCGUAUCUCUUCUCUACUAAAUCAGUCAUUUCAUCUCUCCCUACUUUUAUUCAAUAGAGGUGUUCACUAAAGCAUACAAGGGCACAUUUAAUCAAUCCCUUUAUUAAUAGCUUAACAUGUGUUACUUAUAAUCAAACUUUUACCAUGCAGACCUUAGAUGCAGCUGUUGGUGAUACCGAAAUAUUGGCAGAUCGGUAUGAAUAUGCUCAGAUCAGAUCAGGACUCUUGGAUUUUUUCAUUGCAUCGGAUUUGGAUUUUUCAUUAACUUACUGUGAAACACUAUGGGUCAUCUUCUGUUUCUGAGACUGGUGAGCUUGAUCAAGAAGAACUUGCUAUGUGUUUGAUGAUGUUGUCGAAAGAUUCCGCGAAUUGGGCUGGUGUGAAUUCGGUUGUCGAAUCGUCGAACAAUAACUCUGCUGUUCUCGAGACGAAAUCGUCUUCGGUUGAAAGAAUCAGUAAGAAAUCAAGUGGCGGUUUGGAUGCCGAUACUGUUCAAUUCGAGAAUCUUACUGCUAGAAAAGUGGAAUCGGACAUUUCGGUUGAGGAAUUGCUUCGAUACGGUGACCCGAACAAGAAGUCGAAAUGGGUAUUCGAUAAAGCGCAAGAACUGACUUACGAACAGAAUCUCGAAAUAAGAAGGAAUUUGUUUAGAGAAUUCACGUAUUUGAAAAAAAGAGUUCGCGAUGAUGAUGAUUCGUAUACUCCUGAACUAGAACGCGAGGGGCCGAAUAAGAAACGAAAUAAGUACGAAUGCUUGAACUGCAACAAGCUUUUUACGUCGUUUCAAGGGCUUGGCGGGCAUAGACCGUGUCACAAAAAGAACAAUACGGUUGGGUCAAAACACGAUAGUGGCGAAAACAGUUUAGAAGGUGACUUUGCACAUACUCGAAAGGCGAAAUACGAUAAGAAAACGAAGGUGAAAAAGAUCAAAGGGCACGAAUGCCUGAUUUGUUUCAGGAUGUUUAAAUCGGGGCAAGCUUUAGGUGGUCACAAACGGUGUCAUUGGCAGAUUCUCAACCUCUUGAUGAAGAUUCUAAAAUUAAAAUUAUUGAGUAACAGAUGCAGCCAAACAAAGCAAGUGAAAAUCAGAUGGAUCUACCUCAAUCUUUAUCUGGAGUUGAUUCAAGCACAGAGACUCCUGUUAACAAACUAACAGGAUCCCAUUCUAAGUCUAGGCGUACAACAAUAAGGGGACGGAAUAAUGCUAGAAAGACUCCUUCAGUUGAAUCUUUUGAUUCUUCUGCUGAAGAAGAGCAAGAGGAAACACAAUACUUCAAGCUAGCUUGGAAAGAAGGAAGCAAGCAUUACACGAACGUAGGAUGACACUUGAACAAGAUGCACGGAAUUCAAACUUCGAUGAGUAUUUCUCGUUGAAUGGAAUAUAAAAGUUUAGAAACCCGGACCGGGUAGUGGUUCAUAAUAGACAUCGUAAAUGAAACUGAUAUCAGUCUGGAC